GGCGUUUGUUCGUUCCGUGGGCUUGUGAAAUAUGUUCCGCAACCAGUAUGAUCAUGACGUUACCGUUUGGAGUCCGCAGGGUCGCAUUCAUCAGAUUGAGUAUGCAAUGGAGGCGGUUAAACAGGGAUCGGCCGCUAUCGCUUUGAAAAAUCAGGACCACGCAUUGAUUGUCGCGCUCAAACGAGCACCGUCCGAGUUAUCUUCAUAUCAGGAAAAAAUAGUAACGAUAGAUGACCAUGUUGGAGUUGCUAUAGCGGGACUGACUGCUGAUGGACGUAUGUUGAGUCGAAUGAUGCGCCGGGAAUGCGCUGAAAACCGCUGGGCGUACGACGAGCCGCUUCCAGUUUCCAGGCUCCUGUCGGUGAUAUCCUUGAAGAUGCAAAUCCCCACUCAACGAUACGGUAACCGGCCCUAUGGUGCAGGGAUGCUGGUGACAGGCUACGAUGCUCUGGGUCCGCAUGUAUACUAUUUGUGUCCCUCUUCGAAUGCUUACGAUUGCAAGGCGAUUGCAAUCGGUUCCAGAUCUCAAUCGGCUAGAACAUACUUGGAGCGACACCUAGAGGAGAUCAGCGUGGCAUCUUUGGACGAGCUGAUUUACCAUGGUUUGAAAGCCCUCAGUGGUACCUUACCGAACGAAGUUGAGAUAACAACCAAGGCUUAUGCGACUAGCACACAGUUGUACAAUUGGCAUUUCACACCUUCCGAUUUGACUCAGCAGCGCCAAGAAUGCAAUGCGAACGCCCGGAAACGACUCAAACAAUUGCCACCGGCAAACAGAGCUGAGGCGGUACUGAUAGACGAUGGAGAGGAUCAGCAACUGGGUCUUGAUCCGGACGAAGAGUUCAGUAUUGUCAAACACUACAUUUAUUUGAUGAAAGCGCUGUUUGACAAGUUCACGAACCCGCGAGUUCCUAACGAGGUUUACGGAUUCGCUGCCACCUACCUCAAGCGCUUCUAUCUUCGACACUCUGUCAUGGAUUUCUAUCCGCGCGAGAUGAUGUUAACUUGCCUGUAUGUGGCUUGCAAGGCCGCCGAUUUCCCAAUCGGAUUGCAGGCAUUCAUAGCGCACAUUCCACGUAACCAGGAGCGAUACAGUAGUUUCAUCAUCAACUCAGAACUCUUUCUGCUGGAGUCGUUAAACUAUGACCUGUGGGUUUUCACCCCCUACCGACCACUGAUGGGCCUCAUAAUCGAUUUGUUGGCAUACCAGAAACAUAUCCAUGCAUUGAGUUCGAAUUCAGCGUUUGACUGGUGCCCAGACGAGAAAGCCAUGGCACAGGAGUUACAUCGUGAAGGCGUUGAUUUAAUCAGUUUGUGGUAUCAAACAGAUCUGUGCCUCACAGUGCACCCAAGCCAGUUUGCACUGGCAGUUCUUGUCGAGUUAGGUUACACACGACCCAGUUUGGAUGUGGAAUCUUUCAUUCGAGAUGAAAUUUGCGGUUGCCAUCCCAUCCAAAAACCUACGAAGCCCGAAGAAAGUGACGACGAAACAGAUGAUGAAGAGGAAGAUGAGAAUUCGAAGGUGACAGAGAAAAACGUAAAGAUCAGUCCUGAUGAACGUUGGAAACAGCUAUCGGAACGCUUGGCAUUCAUUCGUGACGUUGUCACUCGGUUUGACUUCGUUGUUAGCUUGGAGCCGAUGAACGAGGAAGAGCUUAAAUUGGAACAGUGUCGCAACCCGCUGUACAACGUAGAUUCCGAAGAGUAUGCCGAGGCCAAAGCGCGUGCGGAUAGCCUGUUGGCUACAUUAGAGUGAUUAUUUUGUACCAUUCUUGUUGAGACUUUGUAAAUAUCUAUUUUUUAAGUAAUACGUUUGGGUCCCAUAAACCGGGGGGAGGGACACUUCAC